GUGGAGGCGGCAAAGGAUUUCUUUGCAGUGCCAGCCUUUGGGAUGUUUGCCGGAGUGGCAUCGCGGGGAUGCCAGGAAGAGACCCCCGCCGUGGCGGGGGGAACGGGCAGCUGCCCCCCCAGCAGCCGUGCCGGAUAUCAUCCUGGCUUUUGCUCCUCGCCGCCGGCUCCGGCUUGGCGGUGAGCAGGAGGAAACGAGCGUACGGAAACAGAUUUGCCGGAUAAGCCACAUCUGAAAGGCUUUUGGCCCUGGCCCGCCAGGAUUGAGCCGGGUUAUCCGGAGCCGCUAUCGCUGGGAGCCGGAGGCAGCUGGGGGCCGGUUGGAGCAGGAGGGCGAGGAAAAGCUCUCGGCGUACAAACCAGCCCCAGCCUUUGGAUGAAACUCCGGCUUUUUGGGCCCUGCUGUUUAUAGGAAGAGCGGCGGUAAAUAUUAUUGCAGCUACGUACUUGCCUUGUCAAAUAACCGCUAACAGGCAGCACCUGCGCUGCUCGGGAGGCCGGGGAAAUGGCCGGCGGAGGAAACGGAGCCGUAAGGAGGCUCCGAGGGCCCCCCGGGAAAACCCAAGCUGAGACGUGAUGUUAGAUGCUGUCAGAAGAAACAUUAUCCGCCGCGGUUAUAGAGCCGGCGCGGCGGGGAGGGUGGUGGUGGCACUUUCGCCGUCGCCCCUGGGUGCUGCAGUGAAGCAGGCAGCGUUCCCCUCCUGGGGGCUGCAGCCGGUCCCUGUCCCCCCCCCCCCGUGCAGCUGCUGGCGUUGCAGGUUUGGUGGGGAUCACCGGAGAUGGGUGCCACCACCCAAACUGGAGCUGCUCGCUGCAGGGUGGCCGCCCCGGCUGGGUCCUGCGGAGAGCGGCAGGACGGUGGGGCCGACCUGGCAUUCCCCGGCAGAGCGCCGAGCGCCCACGGGCAGGCGGGGAGAGCCGUCGGGUUUUGGCGUCUGAGGUUUUCCCGGCUCCGUCUCACGUGGGCUUUGCAGGUGUUAAGAGGGGAUGAGCGCACGUCGUGCGUGGUUGAGACCACGGUGCUGCCGUCCUGGCUCAUUCCUGCUGCAAUGCCGGGGGGGGCCGCGCUCAGCCCCAGCCGGUGUUACUGUCCGAAGCGGAGCUGGGACGGCUGUACUGUUUCAUUCCAAUUCCCUCCGCCCUCUGCCCAGGGAAGGCCGGGAAAGGGGAGCCCAGAGGCAGCCGGCUCUCGCCAGGGUGGGUGGCCACCACCCCUCUCACCCCGUGCCCGUCUUGUCUUUGCAGAUGCGCUGGCUCCCUCCUUCCGAGGCUGGUUCUCAGGGCUGGAAGUCCCGUCAGUUCUGCUGAAUGCCGGGUCUCAGGUGUGUGAUGGUGGCCUACAGUCAGUCUUGUGGGUAUUAACGGAGUCUUCCAAGGCGGCUACUGGGUUGGCGUGCUCUCCGCAUAACCACAGUGUGCUGGCUUGAAAAAAAACAAAAAACCUCACACAAGUUUGGAUUCCUCCAAGACUUUCCCACAGCCUCUAUCACACAUCUGCUCUCCUAGAAGAAAAACGAAAAGCAUACCUAGUAAUAAUGUUUUCCUCUUUUACACUGUAUAUUUGUAAGAAAGAGUGUGUUACUUCUGAAAGCAUGGUUUGACAGGCAUUGCUGUAGCGUUUGAAAAGUCUUUUCAAACAGAACCAUAGGAAAGCAGACUACAAAAAAAGCAAAACGAGAGCAAGUAUUUUUGUACCAAACCUCCUAAAUAGGACAACCUUACACUGGGUCGGACCACAGGUUUUGUGCUUGACUUUCAAAUGCGUGUAAUUAAGAGCCUCUAUCCCCCCCGCCCCGUCAACUGCAUGUCAAAGGCAUGAUGUUCACGUGCGCGCAGGUGUCGAGACACACGAUUCGGGUUGGUAGGAAUUGUGCUCCGGCUGUGUUGGCAAGACAUCUGUGGACACUUACAGUAUUACCGUUUUCUUCCCAGUUGUACCAAAUGACAACCAGGCAGGACAAUCAGAAACUUUCUUAUGGUGAUUUUUUUUUACCUUAGGGCUAUGUUAAUAGCUUGCUGUGCAAAGCUUCGGCAUGGUACAACGGCUCGGAUCAGGGAUGGGCAGAGACAGCCCGUACAUGUAGCAAGGUGACAAUUUGCCUCCUCCUCCUGCCAUGACUGCUUGAAGUUGUUACGGGCAACGUAAACUGCUGUAUGACAGAAAAAAAAAACCAAACCCUCUGUUCGCCAGCUUACUCGAGGUUGGGUGCGAGUCCCCGAGCGGGCCGAGGGGCUUAGACACGUGCCUACCGUUACGCCAAAGCGCUGGGCUGAACUGGGGUUUUAGCGUCAAGGUUAUGCCGGCCCGGCGGCUCGCUGUGUAGCAUUUCCAUGUUUCCAUGUGCAAAGACAAGAAGGGAGGCUGCUAACACCCUUGGGGCAGUACCUGUAACCUUUACAGAGAUAGCGUACCAGCAAAGAGACCGCUUGACAUACUAGUUUAUCCUUCUCCUUGCUCCAGGAGGAAUUUGGAAAAAGAAAGAGCAAAGCAAACCAAAACAAAACCUCCAACAGAUUUCAGUUUCUUGCAAAAGGAGGCGCAAAACUUCUCCUUUCAUUGCCUUUCCCCCCCACCCCAUCCCUGCUGCAGAGCACACCGAGCUCAGCCGCUGCCCGGGCUUUGCUGUAGCUGAUUUGCCAGCUGCGCUGAAGGCACAGGGUGCCCGUGGCCUUGUUAAACAUCAUAACCGUUUUCUUUCUCCUUCCUCUGAUUCUGUGGGUGGGCCAAAAUAAGACGGCUGAGAUUUCGGCUGCCGGAGCCGAGGCAGGGCGGGGGGUGAGACAGUGCGAUGGGAAACUGUCCCGUUGGGGUGUUCUGUAAAAAGUGGCAUUGAUAAAGGCAAUGUGAGAAGAAAUCAAUUCCAAGACAAACCUCCGAGCGGCUCUAAAAGGAACGAUACCAGCGUUUCCAAGCGACGGACUAACUCUUUUAGCAAACUAUUUCCUGUACUUUGUCUCGUGGAGAGGAGAGAAGCUUCCACAUUGUCUACUCUGCUUUUGGAAAUAUGUUUAAAGGUACUUUUCUAUUGUAAUUUUUUAAAAAUAAAACCAGUGAUUAUUAUAAGUUA